UAUUAACCUUUGUGAAGUUUUCGUCGUUUCCAAUUUUUAGUUUAAUUUAAAAAGUAAAAAUGUUUUUUAAAUGAGAAUUUAAAUACUAGUGAAUUAAGAAAUAUAAUAAAACUUAAAUUUACUAAUUAUGAUGAUUAAAGAGCAAGAUCACUUUAUGGCAGGUGUCCAACAUGCCCUAAGACUGCCACUCAGAACUCGUUGUGCCGAAUUAACGGUUUUAUUGGACAGAGGAAAUUUGUUGGAGCUACACAGCUUUUUUCCAGUUCUAAUAGAUAAUAUAUUUGGUCCUCAAGGCACCCUUUCGUGGGGACUUAGAAGUACAACUGAAUCAGAACAUGAAGAUUUUAGGCAGUUGCAUCAUUUUUUGUCUCCAUGUGGCCCCAUGUUUAAAUUGAUUUACACUUUGCUGAAGGAUCCUAAUAUUAGAUAUGAAUUUCCUUUGGCUUAUUUGCCACUAAAAAUAAGGCAGUUUCUGGAAAAUUCCCAUGGACAUCCAUUUUACUCUGAGUUAAUACAUAUAAAUAUUCAAACUAAACAAAUUAUGUCUUUAAUGCUUAAUUCGUUUGACUAUUAUAUGUUUCACUUUGCUUAUCAUCUAAUAAAUCCAUGGCAACAAAGAGCAGGAUCAGCAGUCACAUCAUGGAAUACAGUAUAUUAUGUAUUAUGUUGUGAUUACAUCGUCCAUUUUCUUCCAACUGAUCCAGCAGUCACAGUAUUACCAGUAAUAUAUUACAAUGGAAAAAAUCCUUUGCAAGCUGCCAAAGCAAACUUACUUGAACAGUCACAAAAUUCUGGUUUGAUAACAGGCAAAACAUUAACUCAAUCAAAAGAAGAGCCAUUUCACAAUAAUUUGGAUAUUCACCAUCCAAGAAACGAUAUUUGGAGAAGCGAAACAGUUCUAACAGUUUUUACAGAUAUGUGGUUACAUAAUAAUCAAGUCACUGAUAAUACAAGUAAUAUGAAUUCUUUCAAUAUUCCUCUAGUUGCGCCUACUGCUUCUCGUUUUCUCCAACACAAUGAACUUCCAACAGGUGAAUAUAUGAGAAUAGUUCGUGUUUUAAUAAAGCAGCUACAUUCAUUUCACGCAAGUGCCAAAGCAGAUGAUACACAUUUAGGGGAGUUAAAGAAAAUUUCCAUACCGAUGAUUCAAGGCAAAUUUUAUACAUUUUUAAGAAAUCUUAUACACCGUUGGCCUUUAGAUGGAUCUUUUAGACUAGUUUUGGAACUGUGGUUAACUUAUAUUCAACCCUGGAGGUAUCCACCCAGUAAUUUGAUUAAGCAAAUAAAUAAGAAAGAAGUUAAUCCAGAUAUUGAAGAUAUUUCAAUGACACCACAAAAUGAAGUUGAUGCAGAAUUCAUACCUUUUAUUGUAGAAAAUUUAUUGACAUAUAUAGUGAUUUUUCAACAACUUUUGCCUAGAUUUUGUAGAGUUGAUUUAGUGAGUCCUAAAAUGUCUCUUAUGCUGUAUAGGAUAACAAAGGUUUUUGAUCAACCUAAUCUACCUCAGUAUCUAAGAGAAAUCGAGCAUUGUGUAGACAACAGCAGUUCUCCUACACAUAAAUAUAAUAACCAUUGGGCAAAUUCUUUACCACCACUUUCACCAACGUCAAAUUGGAGUACAAAUAUGAGUUUAUCCAAAAGUACGACAAUGACUUCACCUGAUACUACUCUUAACCAAACAAGGACAGGUUUAAAUACCAGCUCGUUUUUAAGCAGUACCAGAGUGCCAGCUGAUAAAAAAUGGGCGCCACUUGUUAGGCAGAAAAUCUUUGAUUUAGAAGGACCUAAUUUUUCUUAUAAACCUUUGUUUUCCAACCCUCCAGCUUCAGAGGUUCUUGAUCUGAUAUUUUUAAUAAGAAAGUCAAUAAGACACGCCGAAGAAAUUGUUCGAGCCAAGGAAAGAGAUGAACAGGAAAUGUUUUCUGGUUUUUGGGGAAGCAUUAAAUAUUUCUUUGUAGGCAGUGAUACGAAUGAUGAGUUUACACUAAAAGAACGGCAAAAAGUGCCACUUCAUCUUCAAGUAGCUCUACAGAAUUUGAUAGAUAUGUUCAAUAUAAACAACGAGAUUCAAGAAAGAGAUUCUGAACCAUCGAGUUAUGUGUCUAGUGCAAUGAAUACUAGUAGUGAUUUUCUAACUCCAGAAAAAAUAAGGGCUCGAAUAAAGAACAUAAGAUAUGAAGGCGAUCCAGAUCUUUGUCCUAUCCAGAGUACGGAAAAUGCAUUUUUAGUUAGGACUCUAUAUCAAAUUUCUCUUAAAAUCAAUGAAAUUUAUGGUCCAACUUUUUAUCAGCUAUACCACAACCCUUCCUUCUUUGGUAGAUUAUCAAGAGAAAUAUUGUGUCCACCCAUCACAGCUUACAGAUACGACAAAUCUACUCCUGGUUCUCCAAGAAUGGGCAGCAACCUACCACCAAGACUGAGCCUUAGGUUUAUGGCAAACUACAAAUUUUUAGGUUAUCUAUUUUUCGGCGCCUUGCUGGCGUGGAUUUUUGGUUACAGGAUCGAAGCGUAUUUUUUAGUUUUGAUAGUAAUUUUUUUUUUAUACAAAUGUUUAAGAUCCAUAAGGGGUAGAGAAACGUCCGUGAGGCAUAAUUAUCCCACUCAGGGUUUUGGAAAUAUAAGCUUUAAUGAUUCUUUUUAAUAUAUAAUCAAGUAUAUAUUUAUAUCUUUCAUUUCACAAAUAUUACGAUUAAAAAUGUUAUUUUAUCCA